ACUGCAGCCUUGACCUCCCCAGGCUCAGGUGAUCCUCCCACCUCAGCCUCCCACAUAGCUGGGACUUCAGGCACAUGCCACCAUACGGGGCUAAUUUUUUGUUUUGCUUUUUGUUUUUUGUUUUUCCGAGAUUGAGUUUCACUCUUGUUGUCCAGGCUGGAGUGCACUAGCGCGAUCUCGGCUCACUGCAACCUCUGCCUCCCGCGUUCAAUCUAGGAAAACUGUGUUACAGUGAUGCGAGGAUCUGUAGAAUGACGUGGAUGUUACUCCUGAAAUCAAAGUCACUAUUAAUAUCAAUUUCAAUGAACUAGAGACCGCUGUAGGGAGGUUGUGGGAACUGUUCAGAACGGCUUAAUCUGGGAGGACACAGCUUCCAAUGAGAAUGCAUGCGCUGAACGACAAAUCGUUUUCACCUCAAAAACCUGGAUCACGGUUUUGUCUCUCCUUCCGUACGAUGACCCAAGAUGGCGGAGCCCGUGAUUGAAAACCCAGAUUCAAGAUGGCGACUUCCUGCUUCCCCGAUAGCGUCGCGCGUGGCCACCGAGGCCACGCCUACUUCCGGCUACCCCGGCUACUCCUGCUCAGCAUGGCUGCUUUGGCGACUCUUCUCUUCACAGGUGUCCGGAGGCUGCACUGCAGCGCAGCCGCUUGGGCGGGCGGCCAGUGGCGACUACAGCAGGGACUGGCUGCCAACCCCUCCGGCUACGGGCCCCUUACAGAGCUCCCAGACUGGUCAUAUGCGGAUGGCCGCCCUGCUCCCCCAAUGAAAGGCCAGCUUCGAAGAAAAGCUGAAAGGGAGACGUUUGCAAGACGAGUUGUACUGCUGUCACAGGAAAUGGACGCUGGAUUACAAGCAUGGCAGCUCAGGCAGCAGAAGUUGCAGGAAGAACAAAGGAAGCAGGAAAAUGCUCUUAAACCCAAAGGGACUUCACUGAAGAGCCCACUUCCAAGUCAAUAAAAAGCAACUCCUGCCUCCCUUCCUCAGCCUGUCUCUGGAUUUCUUUUCUAUCACCUAGAUGCUUCAUCCAGCCAGAAGAGAGCCUUCACAUUCCCCAUCUGUCUUCAGAGCAAAAGAGCUGGGACAUCAAGAACAAGCUGUUAGAUCACUGCCUGGGAAGCUUGGCUUAGUGCCCUCAUCUCUGGUUCCAUUGCAGUUCAGCUAAGUCUUGCUUUAAAAUUUUUACCUCCUGGCUGGGCGCGGUGGCUCACGCCUGUAAUCCCAGCACUUUGGGAGGCUGAGGCGGGCAGAUCACAAGGUCAGGAGUUCGAGACCAGCCUGGCCAACCCAGCCUGGCCAACAUGGUGAAACCUCGUCCCUACUAAAGAUACAAAAAGCUAGCCGGGUGUGGUGGGGUGCGCUUGUAAUCCCAGCUACUCAGGAGGCUGAGGCAGGAGAAUCGCUUGAACUCGGGAGGCAGAAGUUGCAGUGAGCCAGGGUCGCGCCAUUGCACUCCAACCUGGGCGACAGGGCGAGACUCCGUCUCAAAAAAAAAAAAAAAGUUUUACCUCCUUUGCAGGCCAUAGGAUUAGCCCAACUAUAAGAAACAGCUGUUCUGUGAACAUGAAAAGGGGACAGCAGUUUUCCUGGUUCUAGCCAGGCAGUCAGGCCUUUAACAGCUCAUACACAGUUUAGGCCAUGUACAGCUGGCAUCUAAUAAAUGUUUUCAUGAAAAAGA